AUGCCUUCGUCUCGUGCUUCCAGCGACCGCACUGGAUCCAUCGCUUCUCAUGAGAAGAAGUCCUCGCUCUCCAGCAAGGCCGACCCCAACCAGGCCCUGAACGAAGCCCAGCCAAUGGCCAAUGUCGGAGGCUCGGAUUUGUUCUCCCUUCGCUCCAUGCAGCACCGCGACGCCGAGGGAAAGAUCAUCACUGAACCUGACCUCACGAAUCCCACGCGUCCCCGAUUCGAGCGCCCGCUAGACACCAUCAAGAACUUCGAGGCGGCCAUCGAGCGACGACGAAAGGAGAACGCGAUCGCAUGA